CGGCAGCCUCGCCAAACACCAACACGACUUGCAUCGGUCCUCCAGUCCUGCCAUCCCGCAACAAACAACACUCGGUGCUCUGGCUUUGUCUGGCGGAUCUCGCACUGGCUUGUUGGCAGCGAUCCUUGCCUCGUCCUUGUCGCCACGUUGGCGUCGGAAUCAUGCUGUUUUCUGAAGAGGAUGCGCCGCUGCUCAAGGCGUGGAUCGUCAAGAGAAUCGAGAACACGUCUGACGCCGACUCCGAUGUCCUCGCCGAGUACGUAAUUGCGCUGCUCAAGCACGACGGCAGUCCGGAAGACGUUCGCAAGCUCUGUGAACAGGAGAUCCCCGACUUUCUGACAGAAGACUCCAAAGCAUUCCUCGACGAUGUCUUCCAAGCCCUCAAGUACAAGUCGUACCUACCGGGUGCGUCUCAACCACCCAAGCCAGCACCGGCCGGCGCGCCGCAGUUGCUUGCCGACAACAAGUCGUUGUCCCCGGCUGGCUCGAGAAAGCGGGCACACGAUGACGAAGCCGACGCUCUCGAUAAUGCUCAGGCCUUCAGCGGCCAGCGAGCCUACAAGCAGGCCCGACGUGGCGGACGAUGGGGAGCACACGAUGGACGCGGGGGAGCUUUCCCCAUGAUGCCGAUGGAGCUGCCACAAUUCGACCCUAAUAACCCCAUGGAAGCCAUCAUGCAGAUGCAGGCCAUGGGAAUGCCCUUCCCUCCCAUGCAAGGCUAUGUGCAGCCGGGCUAUGGUGGCAGGAAUCAAAGGGGUCAUUCCCGCAAGAGAGGCCGAUGUCGAGACUUUGACCACAAGGGGUUCUGCGCUCGCGGAAACACAUGCAUGUAUGACCAUGGGGACGAGUCUGUCUUUGUGGCCCCAUCAGGCUCAGGACAGGACGAGUACGAUCCCACCGACGCCAGUCUAUCAAUGUUUCCGGCUCCGGCUCCGGCACAUAGCGGUCCUUUCCCCUUCAGUCCCGAUGUAAAUCGAGGGCGUGGUGCGCGAAGAGGCAGGGGAAGCGGCAAUCGCGGAGGUCGAAAGGGGGGUGCUCGGGCUCCCUUUUCCGCCGAGGGACCCAUCAACGACCGGUCCAAGAGCACCAUAGUCGUGGAGAACAUACCCGAAGAAAGCUUCAGCGAGGAGCACGUGCGCGACUUUUUCUCGCAGUUCGGCAACGUCGUCGAGGUAUCCAUGCAGCCUUACAAACACCUGGCCGUAGUCAAAUACGACAAGUGGGCGGCUGCUAACGAUGCGUACCGCUCGCCAAAGGUCAUAUUUGACAACCGGUUCGUCAAGGUGUUUUGGUACAAGGACGACAAGAGCGGGAUGCCUGCGUCGCAACCUCUCAAUGGAACUGACGGCUCUCAUCACGGCAGACAGCCUGGUUCCGAAGGUCCAGAACCCGAGGCAGAGGUCGACAUGGAAGAAUUCCAGAGGAAGCAGGAGGAGGCUCAGAAACAAUAUCAGGAGCGGGAGACCAAGCGAGGCGAGCUUGAGCGACAACGCCUGGAGCUGGAGAAGAAACAACGGGAUCUGCUCGCAAAGCACCAGGAAGAAACCGAGCGCCUCCGGGCGAAGCUGUCCGAGAAGGGCAGCGAUGACACUGGGAGCGAUCAGCGCUCCGGGUCAGCGGGUACGGAAGCUCUGAAGAAGCAACUUGCGGCGCUUGAGCAAGAGGCCAAGAUCCUGGGCAUUGAUCCCGCAUCUGCCGACGAUGGCAGCAUUCCCGGUUUCCGUGGCGGGUUCCGUGGACGAAGAGGAUAUCGCGGCAGAGGCGGAUUCGCGCCAAGGGGACGAGGCUCUUUCAGGGGACAGGGUGCCCGGCACGCCGCGUACGCACAAUUCUCUCUUGAUAAUCGGCCCAAGAAGAUUGCUAUCAAGGGAGCGGAUUUCACGCCGACAGACAAAGACGAGCUGCUUCGGCACUUUCUUCUGAACCAGGGAGAGUUCUCGUCAGUUGAGACGAGCCCGUCCGUCACGCACGUGUCGUUUCCAGACCGCAAGACGGCCGAGAAGAUUUACUUCAGUCUGCACGGCAAGGAGUUGCCCGGCGUUGAAGGCAAGCUCGACCUGGCGUGGGUCAACACGCCCCUACCGCCGGUGCCCGUGCAGAAGCCUCAAGAGGACGUUUCCGUGGGCAUACUAGAAGACGCUGGUACUGGCUCCACCGAGGACGCGCAAGAGCACCCCAAGGACGAGCACAAUGCGAAAGAGGAGCGACGCCACGUGGACAUGGACUACGAGGUCGGCGACGACGACGGUUGGGGAGACGGCAUGCAGUGAGAGCUCUGCCUUGUGAUGGCAGCGAAGCGCACGAUAUACUGCAAGCGGUGACUGUACAAAAGGGCCAUGCUUUCUUUAUGCAUGAUAUUUCACCCCAAUAAAGGGACGGGGGACGGGGUUCUCUUUGGUGGGGACAUGAUACCAUUGACAGGGUCAGGAACGUCGAAGGUUACAUACAGUGGUAGGAGUACAUCAAUCAAUGCGAGGCACCAGCCGGACCAUGGCGCUGGCUUUUCUGCG